AUGGAUUAUGAUUAUAAAUUUUCUCAACUUCGUACUGUAUGUCAAAUAAGAACGGCGAAUUUGGCAAUCAUGUGGAUAACUUCGAUUUCCAUAUUGGUUGCGUGGAUUUGGACAGUGCUUCCUGAAUUAAUAACUCAUAAAGAGGAUGAGGAUGACGAAAGAAGAAAAAUCAUGGAUCGUUCAGAACAUUUAUUAUUAACUUCCUCAUUAUUUUUCAACGACAAAGGAUUUCAACAUUACUAUGCCAUAUAUACUUAUUUUGCAUAUAAUGAUUUGGGUCCCAAUUCCAUUUUAUGCCCGGCAAAUUAUCCAUACCCUUCAAAAAAAUAUUAUAACGUUUGCAUAAUCAAUCUUUCUAAUUUGAUCUGUAUGUGGUUGAUGUUUUCCAUUUCAUUGUGUUUGGCCAUACGAGAUAACAUUCCUGAUCAUAAAUUAGAUGAAUGGCUGGGGUUUCAAAAUAAUGAUCAAUCUGAUAAUGCUCAUAAUAAAAGUUGGGAAGGUGAAGAGAAAGAAGGGAAACAACUUGAAGGUGUGGCUUGA